GACAACGAAGUCACCCUACACUUAUUCAAUUAAGUACAUCCUCAUAAUUAUCAAUACGUCGAGACAAUGCCGCAGGCCAUCGCUGAGCAGUGAAUACCCACUACAGCAUGCUCAACCGGGCAUGUCUGUAGUCCCUUCAGCCAACGAGUAAAUUCCCCAAUCUUAUACCAUUCGAUCUUGACGAAAUCACUAGACUUUCACCGUCUUGCCGGCCAGCUUAUAACAAAUUGGUCUAAUAUCAUUCGGAAGUUCCAGUUUCAUUCACCAUUCACGAUCGAGCUCAAUCUUUGCCGUUUCCAAAGGUGAGAGGGCUCUCAUCGACCAAACGAACCAAAAUCAAAAUUUUACCUACCGACAACUAAACAACCUCGAAUCUUUCAAUUGACUUGAACACAACUCAAGACCACUUCUCAUAGACUCGAUUGACCUCUUUUACAACGCAUCAGUCACAAUUUACCACAGACACAGAAUACUACCUUUACACUCCACCCAUCUGCAACCUUCAUCUCACCGCCGAUACUUUCGGUCAUACGCAAUCAACCCCACAACAAAUAUUUCUUGCAGAUCAUAUAAAACACAAACACAAUGUCUCGAAACACACAAGGACAGUCUUUCAAGACCCCCCCUAAGAUAAAGCUCAAGUUGAAGAAUUCCAAAAAGGUCGCCGAUUACUCCUCCGACUCUUCAUAUGCUGCCGUGGAUUUGAUCAGUGAUUCUGAAGAUAAUGAUUCAGAUGACGAGCCCGAUGUAUUCGGGGGGACCGGGGGGUCUAGGAUUGAGAAGUAUGAAGAAGCAGCUAUGUUUGAAUCGGCUGAAGAAGAUGACGACUUAGAGACUGUCGAGGAGGAUACUGAUGUUCAAGAUACACCUCGAGCAACAAUGAAGUUCGAAGAAUGGGAAGGUUUUGAUGAUUCGGCAGAAGAACUGGUCGACAACCCUAAGUUUUUCGAGGAUAACAUGAUCGAGGAGUACAAAAUUCGGUCCAAUGGUGAUCUCAAAAGGGUUAACAAAUUCACCGACGACGAUACAGAUAGCAGUAUCUCUGAUGAUGAGGAUAUGUGGCACCCUGAUCUCUUCGACACCGAGACCUCCGCUCAAGGCCCAUUCUUGAGUGCAGACGCACUUCCACCUCGUAUCGCAAGAGGACUGGAGGAUGACACCUACAAUGAUGACGAUCAUGGCUCCGACCCAGAUUUAGAAUGGGGAAAUGAAAACAAUGAAUCGGAUGAUUCUGGAGAAAGCGAUAGUGAUGAAUCAGAUGCAUCUGGGUAUCAAUCUGAUCUUAGCGACGUCUCGGGUGGAGACACAACUGACGAUGAAGAUUGGAGAGAGAAUCGUCCAGAAAUAGAUGCGUCCACACCUCGAGGCAAUUCACCAGCACCUCCACCAUGCCUUGGUUUCCGAAUUCAGCGUAAAAAGGGACAACCUGAUGUCAUUACUUGGUAUCACAAUACUGAUGUACCCUUUGUUAUAUUAGACGAGCAUGGAAAGGACCUUUUAAUGUACUCUUCCGACCCUACCAGACUUCAGGAUAUUAGCUCACCUUCACCCCUUAGAAACGGCAGCAUGGAACAGUACAACCCAGUCCUUAGCAAUCAAGCCAACAUUAUGAUGAGCGCAGUAUCAGAUACUCCAUCCGAAUUUGGCUCUUACCACACUGGUAAUCCAGAAGCUUUUUUCGAAAAUUCCGUUUUCAUGAAUGAGAAUGCUGUUCGCCCAACAAGCAGUUCAUCAUAUGACGAUAGCGAUGAUCAGAAUGAACCUCUAGAUUGGGGUGACUUGCUUCACAUGGAUGAGGCAUUAGAUGAGGAACAAGGUGAAUCUGUAGAUGAUCUAGCCGAAACGCCGUCAUCUACCCCUGCUCGCCCAACGACGUCCGACGGCCUUCACCCACUUCUGGUCCAUCUUGACAAGAAUACCAACGUCGGCGCUUUUCGUCUUAAUCGACAGAACGAAAACCUCAUCAACAGCAAUACUGUUUCCAAAGAUGCCCUGGCAUUUGGAACCUCCACAAUCAAAGGUGUUAAGAAUGGACACCUUGAUUCUCUCACAAGCUCUUUAACCCCACGACGAAAACCCAAAACCCUGAUGCCCUCAAGUCCCGCCGGUGAUGUCGCUAAUCGAAAGCGGAAAUCAAACGGUGCAUCACAGGGACGUCAACACAAGAGAAGUCGCAGCAAUGCAUGAGAAAUUAUUGCAUACAAUUUGCUUCCAAUUCCUUCAGCUUGCGAUUGCUCAAUAAUCAUUCCUGAACAAUGAUUAAUUACGAUGAUGGACGGCAUGGCACCUUUUGACUGUCAUUCCUGGCCUCAAAUUUCCUUGUGUCUAAUAUUUUUCUUUGUACUUUGUAUAUCUAGCGUAACGAUGAAUGAAUUGGCAAUAGACAAAAGCAUGGUCAUCAUACACAAAAGAUUCAUAGACUUAGGUUGUGCUACUAGGCAUAUAUACCGUCUGUUGAAGUGAUGGUAUAUGAUAAAAAGUUCUUGCUCAAUUCUCUUUUUUUUCCUUUCAAUCUAAUCUUUUCUUGGAACCUGAAGAGAUUUUGCUCUAGGUGGCGACUGGCUUGCAUGAAUGGUUCUGAGUAUGAUAAAUGUUAGUCUGCGGAGGAAGCUCCAAUGGUUGUGUUUUAUAUUGAGGAUGGAUGUUGGAAGGUGUUCGAGGUUACGUCAGGGAGAUUGAACUGCACUUUGGCAAUGGCGUAUACAAUACGCGGCGAAACAACUCCCCUAAUCGGGUUUGCUUGUAGCAGUAUUAUAUUCCAUCUAUCAUAGUUCUCUUCUCGAACAAUGUGUUGGUAGCGCGGAUUAUGAAUGGAAAUAUGUGGCAGAUGU